AGCAUGGCCUAGGUGGAAGGCAGCUCAGGGGUUCCCACUGCUGCAUCGUGUUCCUUCCUCCUCCUCUCCAACUCUGGCAGGAAAGACAGCAGGGCCAUGAAGCGAUCGCUGCUCCUGGCUUUUGUCUCUGUCCUUCCCGUUGCAGUUCAGCUGCUGGAUACGAGGCACUUUUUAAUCUAUAAUGAAGAUCACAGGCGCUGUGUGGAAGCCAUCAGUGCCAACGCAGUCCAAACUGCAGUUUGCAACCAGGAUUCUGAGUCACAGAAGUUCCGAUGGGUGUCUGACUCACACAUCAUGAGUGUUGCACUUAAACUAUGCCUCGGUGUGUCAUCCAAACAGGACUGGACUCCUGUCUAUCUGUAUAACUGUGACCCAAAAAGUGAAGUUCAGAAAUGGGAGUGCAAAAAUGAUACACUUUUUGGGAUCCAGAAUGAAGAUUUAUAUUUUAACUAUGGCAAUAAACAAGAAAAGAAUAUUAUGCUGUACAAGGGAUCAGGUUUGUGGAGCAGGUGGAAGAUCUAUGGAACCACAGAUGAUCUGUGCUCCAGGGGUUAUGAAGCCAUGUAUACACUACUGGGCAAUGCAAAUGGAGCAAGCUGUGCAUUUCCAUUCAAGUUUCAAAACAAGUGGUAUGCAGAUUGCACAAAUGCUGGCCGUUCAGAUGGAUGGCUCUGGUGUGGAACCACCACGGACUAUGAUACUGAUAAGCUCUUUGGAUUCUGUCCAAUGAAAUUUGAGGGCAGUGAAAGCUUGUGGAAAGAAGAUCCAUUGACAAGCAUUUCCUACCAGAUAAACUCCAAAUCUGCUUUGACAUGGCAUCAGGCGAGGAAGAGCUGCCAACAACAGGAUGCUGAGCUCUUGAGCAUCACGGAGAUACAUGAGCAAACCUACCUGACAGGAUUAACCAGUUCUUUGACUUCAGGACUCUGGAUUGGGCUCAACAGCCUGAGUUUCAACAGUGGUUGGCAGUGGAGUGGUGGAAGUCCUUUUCGGUAUUUGAACUGGUUACCAGGAAGUCCAUCGGCACAACCUGGAAAAAGCUGUGUGUCACUAAAUCCUGGAAAAAAUGCCAAGUGGGAAAAUCUGGAAUGUGUUCAGAAACUGGGCUACGUUUGUAAGAAGGGCAACACUACUCUGAAUCCUUUUGUAAUUCCCUCAGAAACUGAUGUGCCCACCAGUUGUCCCAGUCAGUGGUGGCCGUAUGCAGGUCACUGCUACAAGAUUCACAGAGAAGAGAAGAAGAUCCAGAAGGAUGCCAUGGUCGCAUGCCGCAAGCAGGGUGGUGAUCUCGCAAGUAUCCACAGCAUUGAGGAGUUUGACUUCAUCAUCUCUCAGCUAGGAUAUGAGCCAAAUGAUGAGCUAUGGAUUGGCUUAAAUGACAUCAAGAUUCAAAUGUACUUUGAGUGGAGUGAUGGGACCCCCGUGACAUUUACCAAAUGGCUUCGUGGAGAACCAAGUCAUGAGAACAACAGGCAGGAGGAUUGUGUUGUGAUGAAGGGCAAGGAUGGCUACUGGGCAGAUAGGGCCUGUGAGCGGCCCCUUAACUACAUUUGCAAGAUGGCAUCACAAGCCCAAACUACAGGAAUAGUGGAAGAAGAACCAGGUUGCCAGAAAGGUUGGAAAAGACAUGGUUUUUACUGCUAUUAUAUUGGACGCACACUUUCCACGUUUACAGAAGCAAACCAGACUUGUAUAAACGAGAAGGCUUAUUUAACAACUAUUGAAGACAGAUAUGAACAAGCAUUCCUGACUAGUUUGAUUGGAUUGAGGCCAGAGAAAUACUUUUGGACAGGACUUUCAGAUAUACAGAACAAAGGCACCUUUCAAUGGACCAUUGAUGAGGAGGUCAGGUUCACUCACUGGAAUUCGGAUAUGCCAGGAAGAAAGGCAGGGUGUGUUGCCAUGAGAACUGGAAUUGCAGGGGGCUUAUGGGAUAUUCUGAAAUGUGAAGAAAAGGCAAAAUUUGUAUGCAAGCAAUGGGCAGAAGGAGUGACUCGUCCACCAGAGCCCACCACAACUCCUGAACCUAGAUGUCCAGAGGAUUGGGGUACCACCAGCAAAACAAGCUUGUGUUUCAAGCUGUUUGCCAAAGGAAAGCAUGAGAAGAAAACAUGGUUUGAAUCUCGAGACUUCUGUAGAGCUGUGGGUGGUGAACUGGCCAGCAUCAACAACAAAGAGGAACAGCAGAUAAUAUGGAGGUUAAUAACGGCUACCGCAAGCUACCAUGAACUGUUUUGGUUGGGACUGACACACGGAGGUACUUCAGAGGGCUUUACUUGGAGUGAUGGCUCUCCUGUUUCAUAUGAAAAGUGGGCUUUUGGAGAACCUAAUAAUUAUCAAAAUGUUGAAUUUUGUGGUGAACUAAAGGCUGACCCUGGUAUGAGCUGGAACGAUGUCAACUGUGAACACCUUAACAACUGGAUUUGCCAAAUCCAAAAAGGGCAAACACUAAAACCUGAGCCCACACCAGCUCCUCAAGACAAUCCUCCAGUCACUGCAGAUGGCUGGGUCAUUUACAAAGACUACCAGUAUUAUUUUAGCAAGGAGAAAGAAACCAUGGACAAUGCACGUGCAUUUUGCAAGAAGAAUUUUGGUGAUCUUGUUUCUAUUAAAAGUGAAAGUGAAAAGAAGUUUCUGUGGAAAUAUGUAAACAAGAAUGAUGCACAGACAGCAUAUUUUAUUGGUUUAUUGGUCAGCUUGGAUAAAAAGUUUGCUUGGAUGGAUGGAAGCAAAGUGGAUUAUGUGGCCUGGGCCACAGGUGAACCCAAUUUUGCAAAUGAGGAUGAAAACUGUGUAACUAUGUAUUCAAAUUCAGGGUUUUGGAAUGAUAUUAACUGUGGUUACCCAAAUGCCUUCAUUUGCCAACGGCAUAACAGCAGCAUCAAUGCCACGGCUUUGCCUACUGUACCACCAGGCCCACGUGGUUGUAAGGAAGGGUGGCAACUUUACAAUAACAAGUGUUUCAAAAUUUUCGGCUUCACUGGAGAAGAAAAAAAAAAUUGGCAAGAUGCACGAAAGGCUUGCAUCGGACUUGGAGGAAAUUUGGUAUCCAUUCACAAUGAAAAGGAGCAAGUAUUUCUGACCUAUCAUAUGAAGGACUCCACUUUCAAUGUCUGGACUGGACUCAAUGAUAUCAAUUCCGAGCACACGUUCCUUUGGACAGAUGGGAGAGGAGUUCAUUACACAAACUGGGGUAAAGGCUUUCCUGGAGGACGAAGAAGCAGUCUUUCUUAUGAAGAUGCAGACUGUGUGGCUAUUAUUGGAGGGAAAUCAAGAGAGGCUGGGAAAUGGAUGGAUGACACCUGUGACAGUAAGCAAGGCUAUGUAUGCCAGAUGCCUUCCGACCCUUCCUUGCCUAGACAUUCAACAACAGUUCCAACCGAUGGCUUUAUUCAAUAUGGUAGAAGCAGCUAUUCGCUCAUGAAAUUGAAGUUACAAUGGCACGAAGCAGACAAAUAUUGCAAGAGUGUCACAUCUCUUAUUGCUAGCAUUCUGAAUCCCUACAUUAAUGCAUUUGCAUGGAUGCAGUUGCAGCCACAUAAUGUACCUGUGUGGAUUGCUCUGAACAGUAAUUUGACCAAUGAUGAAUAUGUUUGGACUGAUAGAUGGAGGGUGAGAUACACGAACUGGGCUGCAGAUGAGCCCAAGCUGAAGUCAGCGUGUGUUUAUUUGGAUGUUGAUGGUUACUGGAAGACAGCACAUUGCAAUGAAAGUUUCUAUUUUUUCUGCAAAAGAUCAGAUGAGAUCCCUGCCACUGAACCCCCACAACUGCCUGGCCGGUGUCCUGAGUCAGAGCACACAGCAUGGAUCCCUUUCCAUGGCCAUUGUUACUAUAUCGAAUCUUCAUACACCAGGAACUGGGGACAAGCUUCUCUGGAAUGUCUUCGAAUGGGUUCUUCUCUGGUUUCCAUUGAAAGUGCAUCUGAAUCUAGUUUUUUGUCAUAUCGGGUUGAGCCUCUUAAAAGUAAAACCAAUUUUUGGAUAGGAAUGUUCAGAAAUGUUGAAGGAAAGUGGUUGUGGGUGAAUAACAACGCGGUUUCCUUUGUCAACUGGAACACCGGGGAUCCCUCUGGUGAACGAAACGAUUGUGUGCUUCUGGAUGCAUCGUCUGGGUUUUGGAAUAAUAUUCACUGUUCUUCCUACAAGGGCUAUAUUUGUAAAAGACCAAAAAUUGUUGAUCCUACACCUACUCAAAAGGAAGUUACAACAAAAGCUGACUCCAGGAAGAUGGCCCCUUCCAGAUCGUCUUCCAGCAUGGCAGGAGUCGUGGUUGUUGUGGUCCUUCUGAUUCUGGCAGGUGCUGGCUUUGCUGCUUAUUUCUUUUAUAAGAAAAGGCGCAUGCACAUACCUCCAGAGAGCACCUUUGAAAACACUCUUUAUUUUAACAGCCGGGUAAGCCCAGGAGCCAGUGACACCAAAGACCUCAUGGGCAACAUUGAACAGAACGAGCAUGCAGUCAUCUAGUGCCAUCAGGGGAUUUUUGUAAUCUUUAAAUUUCAUAAUAUUGUACCUAAAAUUUUAAUUCUUUAAUUCAAUGUGAUCGUUUCUUUUAAAGUGAGUACUGAUUUGUACUGGCUUGUUCUUUUUCUUUGCAUAAUUGAAAAAAAUAAUUGCUCAUUUUUAGCCUGGCAAGAUAUUUUCACCAACACAAAAAAGAUACAAUAACUUUAAAUGUUUUAAGAAAAGCAUGCUAACAUAAAAAAAUGAUUACACUUCAAAAAAAUACUUUGGGUGAAUGUACAGCACAAUGGCAACAUCUAAGUAUCAUUGAUAUGUAGCUGUGUUCCCUGCUCAUGCAGAUCUCUAGGGUUCUAGAAACAACCGAUAAGCCUCCUGAAAAUAGUGUAAGAAAUUCUCAAAGAGGUGGGGCCUCUUUAAUUCUGAUUCAACAAUUAGAAUACCAUUUUAAAAUUAAGUACCAAGAACUUUUGUGGCAUAAAAGUUCGUUAAGUUUUUACCACUCAUGAUAUCUAAAUAUUUAGAAGAAUAAGGCAGCUGAGAAUCCUUCACACGCAAGUUUGACAAGCUUAAUAUUGCAAAUAUGUCUUUGUCCUGUUAUAUGUAUAUCAGGAACACAGAGAUGUGAAAUAAAAAUGUAAAUUUGCAUAACUGAAUGUACUUAGAUAAUGUGAAAUAAACAUUAAAGACAAGUUCUAUUUUUAAUAGAAUUGCAGUUUGGUGAUCUUAGUAACUGUAAAUUUGCUUUUAAAUGAGAUUUAUUUAUCCAUAUACAUUAGACUUAAUCUUAAGCAAUGUUGCUGAUAAAGAAAUUCUUUCAACUCUUCAUCUUUUUUUAAAAAAAGGUUUUGAUGCUGAAGCACUAGGUGAAAAUGAUUUUUUUGGCCAUAAUGACUGAUAGAAUUUCUCCAGAUCUUCCUCUCUAACACUGACUCAACUCAGAUUCAACAAGAAAAGUAACUGUUACUAGGAAUUUGAGCUCUCACUGUUUUAUUCUCUGAUCAGCAGUAUUUUUGGCUUAAGAAUUUUACCUUAAGCCUUGUGUGCUCUCAUCUGGUUAGUUCCUUGCUUGGAACGUACUGUAAUAAACUUUGCCUUACUAUGCC